AUGGCCGCUACUCUCAUUCGUAAUACACCAAAUCCCCUCCUUCUCCCAGAGAUUGUGGAAUAUGUCAUCGACAACAUUUGUAUGGGCGACCUGGUGAGUUGUGCCUGUGUGAACAGCCUGUGGAAUGUGAUAGCCUUGAAAAAGCUCUAUAAAGGCUCUUUGAAUGACAUGCUGAACGUCUCCUUCGACCGCAAGGUAGCGGCCUUAUCUGAGAGCAGUCGAGAUAACAAGCUGCUUUUCCAUUUGAUCCGAAGCUGCAAUUUGCAUUUUUUCCAUUUCGAGGAGAGAAGCAGAGAUCAGAUGACUCCAAUUGAGAUAGCUGAGCUUUUAAUCAGUCUUCAACGCCAACAGAAUCUCAAGGCUUUAGUGCUGAUCAUUCCCGGUUCGUCAUGCUCAGCAGCCAUCAGGAUGGCCAGACGGAAACAGAGCAAGCUAUGGCCGAAUCUGAAGGCGUUGUAUCUUGGGAUGGGAGAUGAACACUGGCUGGAACAAAUUCCAGAUUUCAAGGAGCUUCAAAUUCUCAGUAUUCAAGAGUUUAUAUCUGGUCCACGAAUCAUCAACAGUGACGUUAUAUCAAAAAUUGGAAAAUGCCAGGAACUACGGGUUAUCGACGUCUAUUUCCGGGAAUGCAAUGACAUAGAAGCGCUUCUCGAUAUCGCGCAUGGAUGCCCGCUCUUACAAAUGCUCCGCGUUCUGCACAGGCGUCUUGGGGGCCCAUUAGAUCCAAUGAACACCAAAUUUUCUGACCUUUUGUGCGCCUUACCGCACCUGGAAUUCCUUGAACUUGAUUUGAAGUUUCAGAUAAAUGGUGCACACAUUCAAGAUCUCGCGGUCCACUGUCCAAGACUCACCGUGCUUAGACUGCGUGAGACCUGGUUGUGUCUCUCCAUUGCGCAGAUGCGUACGGUUGAUACGCUUCGGCAGCUAGAACUUGUGCAGUCCAAAGAGGUACUUUUUGAGAAUCCACAACGUUUAAUGGAACCGCACAUAUUCUCUACCCUUGUAGCAGAGUGGCGCAGGAUAUUUCCAAAGCUCCGGGAGAUGCCUUGUCACGCCGACAUAUACGGUCUUGACAUGAAAAGAGGUGAUUUGGAGGAGAUAUCAGAAAGGGACGUUGUCAGCUUGAGCAGUUAUGAGGAGAUUCCUCUUAGUGUUUUAGAGGAUACAGAGGAAUAUCAUUCAAGUGAGACAACAGAAAGUGAUAUGAUUACUUUGUCUAGUGAGGAAGAGAUCUCUUCAGAUGAGUCUGAAGAUGCAGAAGAAGAAGAAGAAGAAGAGGAGGAGGAGGAGGAAGAAGAAGCGGUCUUUCCUGGUGAGCAGGAGCUCAACUACAAUUACUUCGGGUCAGACUGGGUCUUUUUACGAAUAAGACUAUGGAGGGAACUUCGAUACGGACCAAGUCAGACGGCUUAUGACAGAUUCGCCAGUAUUUGGAGGACAAAUCUUGAAAUCGAGAAGAUCGGCUGGCCGGUGAUGCCUCUAGAAGCGUACUCGGACCCAGAGAGCUAUUGAAUAAUAUUGCAAAUAUCAUAUGGCCAGAUAGAUGUCGUGCACAGGAUGCGUAGCACCCAACAAAGCCCGGGACUAUGAGUAAUCUUGUCGUCAGUGCAAUUACCUCUGGGUUGUGACGGCUGCUACCCUGAUUCAGUAUCAUCAUGGCGGGACAGACGCAUUGCUUUGUAUUGCGGG